UGUUUUAAUGUUUUGCUUUAUAAUAAUAAAUAUAAAAUUGAGUCAGAAAUGGAAAGGGUGGUUCGUGGUUGUGAAUGAAUAGGUGAUGUGAGAUUGAGGAAAAAUGGAAAAACGAAACAUAGCAAAAGGAAUUGAAUGCGGUUAUGGUUGAGUAAAGUUUGGUCUUGGGAAAGAAAAUAAAUAAAUGCAAUCACGAUCCAACCAUGACAUUAAUUAAUUCAUUUCUCUGUGUAUACAAUAAGAUCCUUUCUGCUUCAUUUUCAUAUUCAUGUCAUGUGUAUAAUGCCUUCCUUCACCAACUUCACAUCUCUCUCUUCGUUAUAAACCAUACAAAAAUUAAUUUAAAAAAAAAAAAAACUCUUUGGGUAUUGUUAUUGGCUUUGUACUACUGCAAUCUCCUAACUUUUCACCUUGCAAAACGACGGGUCGUUUUGGAAUCUAGAGUGAUCACUCGCUGUGUCAUUGAGGUUACAGAAGGAGCAAGUGAAACAGCUUGAAGAGUGAUUUAUGAUAUGACGGCGUUUGGUGUGAAUUUGAUUCCCCGAUUCAACGAUUAGGAUCAACUGUCAUUGGUUUUGUGCUGGGACUAAAAUGUCAAUGUCAGGAUUUGAAGGGCAAUGUAGUAAUGAUGAGAUUAGGGAGAGGAGGUCAGAUGUUGAGAACUCUGAAGACGAGAGAAGGCGAUCAAGAAUUGGAACCUUGAAGAAGAAGGCAAUAAAUGCGUCAUCUAGAUUCACUCAUUCUCUUAAGAAAAGAGGGAAAAGGAAAAUUGAUUAUAGGGUUCCGUUGGUGUCCAUCGAGGAUGUAAGAGAUGCGCGGGAGGAGACUGCUGUCCAUGAAUUGCGCCAAAAACUCGUGGAGAGAGGAUCUUUACCUCCUAGGCACGAUGACUAUCAUACAUUGUUAAGGUUUCUUAAAGCUAGGGACUUUAACAUUGAGAAGACAAUUCACAUGUGGGAAGAAAUGCUUACAUGGCGAAAAGAAUAUGGAACUGAUGCCAUCCUUGAGGAUUUUGAAUUUGGAGAGCUGGAAGAAGUAUUGCAGUAUUAUCCUCAAGGGUACCAUGGAAUUGAUAAGGAAGGUAGGCCUGUUUACAUUGAGAGACUUGGGAAAGCCCAUCCAAGUCGCCUAAUGCACAUCACUACAAUAGAUCGAUAUUUGAAAUACCACGUCCAGGAGUUUGAAAGGACCCUACAGGAGAAGUUUCCAGCAUGCUCCAUUGCAGCAAAGAGACGAAUAUCUUCAACAACAACAAUAUUGGAUGUACAGGGCUUGGGAAUGAAAAAUUUCUCACGUACUGCUGCAAAUCUCUUGUCUGCUAUGACAAAAAUAGAUAGCAGUUACUAUCCUGAGACAUUACAUCAAAUGUAUGUUGUCAAUGCUGGUUCUGGCUUUAAGAAGCUUCUUUGGCCUGCUGCACAAAAGUUUCUUGAUCCCAAAACUAUUGCGAAGAUACAGAUUCUUGAACCCAAAUCUUUAUGUAAAUUACUGGAAGUUAUUGACUCUAGUCAGUUGCCAGACUUUCUGGGUGGUUCUUGUACAUGUGCUGCAGAAGGUGGAUGUCUUCGGUCCAACAAGGGUCCAUGGAAUGAUUCUGAUAUCAUGAAGCUGGUACAUAAUGCGGAGGCAACAUUUGUGAGACAAAUCACCAGAGUGCCCAAUGGACAACAGAAAACUGUCUCCUUUCAAAUGCAUCUACUGAAGGAACGAUGCAGUGAUACAUCAACAGCUGAAUCAGGGUCUGAUAUUAAUGAUUACUCUUCUCCCAACAGACAGGGUAGCUGUCCUUAUCCUCAUUUAGCCCCAGUUCAUGAAGAAGUUAAAGCACCAGAUGUCAAUGGCUACUACAGUUGUGAUGAUAGUGCUCUAGCAGUUGAGAAAGUGGUUGAAAGUGAUGACCUUAAUCGAGCACAGACAAUGCAAGCUAAUGAUACAGGGAAUGUUGCUUGUAGAACAGAUUCAGGAGGUACUUCUGUCAGCAAUUGGUUCAGCAUUGUAAAGGAAAAAGUUGAGAAAAUAAAUGUCUGGUAUGUAGCAAGAGUGCUGACAUUUUUCAUGGAAAAACUAGUUACACUCGUCCGUUAUUUUAGAUGCGAAUUUUGGAGAGCACAGAACAAUGUUCACCCAUCAAUUACCAUGGAACGUAACAUUAAUAACCAUUCAGCAGUGGUAGAAGCAGCUUCUGAAAGAGAUUAUAUUCAUCCAUGUGUACAACGUCUUCAGAGACUAGAAAAAGUCUUUGAGGAACUUAACAACAAACCUGAUGGUAUGCCUCUGGAAAAGGAGCAAAUGCUUAUGGAUUCCAUGGAUAGGAUUAAAUCUGUUGAGUUUGACCUUGAAAAGACCAAGAGGGUACUACAUGCUGCAGUAAUGAAGCAGCUUGAGAUUGCUGAAUUGCUGGAGAACUUGAAGAAAUCAAAGUGCCGACAAAGAAGGCUAUUCUGUUGAAUCAUCUAAACGUUCAGCAACAGAAAGUCCGUGGCACCACAGAAGAUAGUUCCAUCAAAGAGAACACUUCGUGCAAGCUCCCACCUGAUUGGACCCAAGGAAGCCUGAGACGACGGAGUACACAAUUCAAGCCUAAUGAGUUUCGGUAGAGCAUACAUAGAAACACGAGGAAUCGAGAUGGUACAGUCCACUGUUUUAUAAACAUAAAAUAUAACCCCUUGAAUCUCUCUUUUCUCAUUUUCCAUAGAAAAAAUGUGUAAAGGUGUAAUUAUGCAUGAACAAGUUUUAGACAGUUUUGAGAAUAGAAAGAAAAUAGAGAAAAUACUAAAAGAAUAAAACCCAUCCCUUAGUGAUGCGCAUAAAGAAUUUUGAAAAUGUUGUAAUAGAUAUUGGAAUGAUAAGUCACCUGAUGGGUGGGUGAUAGUGGUAGACAGUAGUCUGCUUUCCCUGUUGA